AAAGAAAGUAACCGCAAUUGUUCGGAACGCGUUGACCUCGCAAUGUCAAACCCACAGAAUGCCGCACCUCCGGAUUCCUUAAUCAAUCUAGACAAGGGGAAGGAGCACUGGGAAGGCAUUGCUUCUGAUAUUGAUGGUAUGCUGGGCGGGAUCCCCGCCCUGAUGCCGUCCGUGUCCCGAGUCGAUCUACAGGGUUCCCGAACAUUUCUAGCGAGACUGGGCAUCGGUAUUAAGAGUGGCCGGAAGAUUGUUCCCAGGGCACUUGAAGGAGGAGCCGGGAUCGGCAGAGUCACCGAAGGGCUUCUUCUUCAAGUGGCCGAACAAGUAGAUGUCAUUGAACCUGUAGCCAAAUUUACUACAACUCUGGAGGGUAAGCCUGGCGUGGGAAACAUUUUCAAUGUCGGUUUAGAGGGGUGGCAACCCGCGAAUGGAGUGGUAUACGACCUGAUCUGGAUUCAAUGGUGCGUCGGAUAUGUUGCCGAUAAGUCAUUGGUGCAGUUUCUGGAGCGAUGCAAGAGCGUGUUGAACCCAGAUGGUGGAUUUAUUGUGGUUAAGGAAAACAUAAGCACAUCCGGUGUUGACACAUUCGACGAUGUCGACCAUAGCGUCACAAGGGAGGAUACGAAAUUCCAGGCUCUUUUCAAGGAGGUUGGUCUGCGAAUUAUUAGGACAGAUAUGCAGCGUGGCUUUCCUGUGGUUGGGAAUCGGCAACUAUUACCGUUGAAGAUGUAUGCAUUAAAGCCAGAGCCGGCCACAACAACAUAGUACAGUUUCACAUUCUCUCAUUCAGAACGAGUGGUAUUUGGAGAGAUUGCAUGUCUCCAUCCUCUUGAGCUUUUCACGAGAUAAAGGUGUCGUUCAGAGCUUGGCUGGCUGGGCAAGCGACGGUAAAGUCCUACCAUCCACAGAUGGGAUCUUGUCUUUCAUAAUAGGCCCUAUAGUCGCUCGUUCAAUAUAUCAUGCAUAGAAUAUUAAGU